AUGCCUCUAUUGCUGGCUCUGCCCUGUUCCUCCCAGGCCAGUGUCAUAGCCCUGGAUUAUAUAAAGCAGAAAACCAUUAGACCAGUGUUGGCUGUCAGAGGACUGCAUAAAUCUGCAGUGGAAGUCUUGAGGCGCCCGGCCCCUGAGGACACAGUCACAGCCAGCUUUGGGAAGUUCAUCAGUGAAGUAAAGCCCCAGCACUUGUCCUCUGUGGUGCUCCACCGCAGUAAAAGGAUGGUGCUGGACAGCAUUGGAGUUGGUGUGAUUGGCAGCACAACAGACGUGUUUGAGCUGGCUCUGCAGCACUGCCAGCACAUGUAUGCUCCUGAUGACAUCAGCUCUGUGUACGGACGCAGGGGCACCAGGCUCUCCCCGACACUGGCAGCUUUCGUCAAUGGAGUGGCUACUCACUCCAUGGACUUUGAUGAUACAUGGCACCCUGCCACUCAUCCCUCAGGAGCAGUCCUUCCUGCUGUGUUAGCACUCAGUGACAUGAUGUCUGCUAACAGCAAACCCAGUGGCCUGGACUUCCUGCUGGCGUUCAACAUCGGCAUUGAGAUCCAGGGCAGAUUGAUGAGGUUCUCUAAUGAGGCCCACAACAUCCCCAAGAGGUUUCACCCUCCCAGUGUGGUGGGGACCAUGGGAAGUGCAGCCGCCUGUGCUCGCCUCUUGUCUUUGGAUCCCUCCCAGUGCAGUCAUGCCUUGGCUAUAGCUACUUCUCUAUCUGGAGCCCCAAUGGCUAAUGCUGCCACUCAGUCUAAACCACUCCACAUCGGUAAUGCCUCACGUUUGGGGCUGGAGGCUGCUCUGCUAGCAUCCAGAGGCCUAGAGGCGAGUUCUCUGGUCCUGGAUGCUGUCACUGGUGUGGCUGGUUUCAAUGCUUUUUAUGAAGACUAUGUACCGCAGCCUUUAGAAUUAUCCAAUGAUGACGGCCAUAUGUUCCUACUAGAGGAGCAGGACAUGGCCUUCAAGCGCUUCCCUGCCCAUCUAGGGAUGCACUGGGUGGCAGAUGCUGCAGCCUCGGUCCAUAAGAUUCUUGUGGGAUUUGGCCCUGGCACUGUCUCCCCAGCUCAAGUCCAAGACAUCCUGCUCAGGGUCCCCAAAUCAAAGUACAUCAACAGGCCUUUUCCUGACUCUGAGCAUGAGGCACGCCACUCUUUCCAAUUCAAUGCUUGCAGCGCUCUCCUGGAUGGGGAGGUGACUGUGCAGUCUUUCACACCCGCUGCCUUAAGACGCCCUGACCUACUCGCUCUGCUGAGCCGUGUUCGCAUGGAGCAUCCCCAAGACAACCCAGCUAAUUUUAACAGUAUGUAUGGUGAAGUCCAGGUGACACUUGUUGGGGGAGACAUUCUGAAGGGACACUGUGACACCUUCUACGGUCACUGGCGCAACCCGCUAACCAAUGAGAGCCUGAGGAAGAAGUUCAGAAACAACGCGGGGGCCGUGCUUCCCUCAGAGAAGGUUGAGAGGCUGAUUGAUGUGGUGGAGGAGCUGGACAGACUUGGGGACUGCAGGGCCCUUCUCUCACAGCUGCAAUGAGAACUCAGACAUACACAAUGAGAGCAGCA